GCCUGGGUCUGGCCGCUCCUUUCUGCCGCCUGCGGCGCCGGGUUCUUUCCUGGGGGGCCCGGGGACGCGGCACUAGCUCGAAAUGUGGACAUGGUUUGGUGUUCCUGGACCGGGGGCCUUAUGCUGUCUGUCCCCAUUCGCCACGCUUAGUCUGCGGGGGGGUGUGUGGGCCACGGCACAACCAUACUUUUCGUUCCGGUGAGCCUCGGCUUCGUGGAGCCAGACGGCGGGUCGGGGAUGCCCGGUGGCCUGCGCGGGAGCAAGAAUAUGGAGAGUGAUGUGGGCCCCUGACACCCCACAAAGGAAGCAGCGGAGGCAGGCUCCAGACGGCAAAUGAAGAAGGCCUGGGAUACACAGGAACUGCCGUUCCAGACACCCACCCAUAGGUGGAGUGGUCCCUAAGUGGACUGCGUGGGUGGAGAGCUGCCACCCAGGACUCGGAGAGACACACCUUAGCUGAACUCUGGGCUGCACAGCUGGAGGCUCAAACGGAGCCGAAGCCAAGGAUUUCAAUGUGGUCACAGCCCCUUAAGAGAGGAUUUGCUGGUCCUGGGGCCACAGCGUUGUGAGGCAAGGUGACACAGUGGGUUCACACAGAGUCAAAUGAAGGGCAUGCCUUGGUGGACCAGACUCAUUUAACCCCAGUUCUCCAGAGGAGCCGUACAAGAGAGCCGCAGCUCAGGGCUGUCGGACGUGCAAACUGCAGCAAAACUCUGGCACCAAGCUGGUUGGUUCACCUCCACCCCAACGGAUAUAGCCAGAGCGGAGGAUCCCGCGGUUCAAAAGUUCAGUGGGAGUUGGGCGCGUCCUCCUCGCACGAGAGGAGAGUGGGAAGGGCAAGGUGGGAGUGGCGUGAACAGGGGGGGUAGGGGGGGGUGGACAUAUGUGAAAUCUGAUCUAGUGCCAAGGAAAGGGUGUGCUGCCAAAGACCCCAGGGCAACGACCAUUCAGCCUCCACCAGGCAUGUGUGACGCCUGAGCUGGUAGAGACUGCACACAACCCAACUCACUCAUGGAGAACUCUGUGGCGUCUUUCGUCCUCUACCCGGGGACUGAGCCCGGGACUCCGAGAGAGGACAGCCUGCCGCUGCCAGCCGAGGAGGAGGGCGCUGCGUCCCCGGCGCAGACACCCUGCAGUCUCAGCACCUCGCUGUGUUUCAGCUCCGGGGACGACUCCCCACCGCAGUCUCGCGCCUCUGCCGCGGAGGGCGCCGAGGCUUCUCCUCCUCCUCCUCCUCAUCGCAGCGACUUGCGCGUGGUGGAGACGCAGUGGGAAGUCAGCAGCGCCGCGUCCCCGGAGUCCCCGGAAGAGUGCUCGCGCCCGGAAGAGCCCGCGUCGCCGGAGGAGCCCCCUUCCCGGCACGAGGACGCGCGUCCUGCGGAGUCUCUAGACGAGCUCGGGGAGCCCGUGCCGGUGCCGCCCGGGGUCGGGCCCGCGCACGGAGAACCCGACCUGGUCAUCGAGGUGGCGGGUCGCCGGCUGCGGGCGCAUAAGGCGGUGCUGGCGGCGCGCAGCGACUACUUCCGCGCGCGCGCGUCACGGGACGUGCUGCGGGUGCAAGGCGUGAGCUUCACGGCCCUGCGGCUGCUGCUGGCCGACGCGUACAGCGGGUGCAUGGCGGGCGUGCGGCCCGACAACGUGGCCGAGGUGGUGGCCGGCGCGCGCCGCCUCCAGCUGCCCGGCGCUGCGCAGCGCGCCACCGAUGCCAUGGCGCCGCAACUGAGCCUGGACAAUUGCUACGAGGUGCUGAGCGCAGGCAAGCGGCAGCGGCUGAACGAGCUGCGCGACGCCGCCUACCGCUUCAUGAGCGACCACUACCUGGAGGUGCUGCGCGAGCCCGCCGUCUUCGGCCGCCUGUCCGGUGCCGAGCGCGAUCUGCUGCUGCGGCGCCGCCUGGGUUCGGGCCGCGCCAGCCUGCUGGCCGCCGCGCUCGGACCAACCGGGGAGCGCGCGGGCAGCCGUCCGCAGAGCCCGUCCGGGGACGCGGAGUCGCGCGGGGACGCGGCCGUUUAUUGCUACCAGGCGGAGGCCGGGGAGUGGCGCGAGCUGACGCGGCUGCCCGAGGGCGCUCCAGCGCGCGGUUGCGGCCUCUGCGUGCUCUUCAACUACCUCUUCGUGGCGGGCGGUGUGGCUCCCGCGGGUCCCGAUGGCCGCGCGCGCCCGUCGGACCAAGUGUUUUGCUACAACCCGGCCACCGACUGCUGGAGUACCGUGCGGCCACUGCGCCAGGCGCGCUCGCAAGUGCAGCUGCUGGCCCUGGACGGCCACCUGUAUGCCGUGGGCGGCGAGUGCCUGCUCAGCGUGGAGCGUUAUGACCCGCGAGCGGACCGCUGGACCGCGGUAGCCCCUCUGCCCCGGGGCGCCUUCGCAGUGGCCCACGAGGCUGCAACCUGCAACGGCGAGAUCUACGUGUCCGGGGGCUCGCUGUUCUACCGCCUGCUCAAGUACGACCCCCGGCGCGAUGAGUGGCAGGAGUGCCCAUGCAGCAGCAGCCGAGAGCGCUCUGCUGACAUGGUGGCCCUCGACGGCUUCCUUUAUCGCUUUGACCUGUGCGGGAGCCGCGGUGACGCUCAGGCUGCGGUGGGUCCAGGUGGCGGGGUCAGCGUCUUCCGCUACCAUUGCCUGGCCAAGCAAUGGAGCCAGUGUGCUGUGCACCUGCGGCCCCCGGGUGCGCCAUCGGGCCUGCAGCCCUUCCGCUGCGUCGCCCUGGACGGUACCAUCUACUGUGUGAGCCGCGCGGGGACCUGGCGCUACGUGCCUUCUCAGGACACUGAGGCUGGCGGCGAAAUGGGACCUGGUGGCAGCUUUGAGCCCGAACCCCUAGGAUCCCCUCUGGAUGUCCGGGGCGUACUGUUUCCAUUUGUGCUCAACCUGCCUGAGAAACCGGACCGCGGGGAGCAGGGUGCUGCCUAGGACAGGAUCAGCUGGGCAACUCCACCGUCCAGCAGCUGGGGGGGGGGUGUCUGUGCAAGUGGGCUAGGGCCCCCCCAGUGGGGAGGGAGGGCAAAGAGGGCUCAGGAAAGGAGGGAGCUAUCGAUAGGGCAGGCUGCUGGCCACAGUGCAUCAUGCCACCGCUUUGCGAGUAGAAGCUUGGCUGGUUCUGAAGACUUUUUUGCAAUGCUGUUUUAAGCCCCGCUUUGCAGCGCUGGAUUCUCCUGUUGCUUCGCUUGGUUAGUGGGGUUGAUGGCAUAAAGUUCGGGAAGAUGCAGAUAAACCGAUGCCUAAGGGUAGAGGCCACGGAUGAAGCCAGAUGCGAGGGUGGACAUAAGGUGUGAUGAGGAACCUGCCCAGUCCCUUCCUUACGGGUGACUGCAAGGUUCUCAAGCCUGACCAGGGUCCUAGAGUAGGCCAGGCAUCAAUGCAACUGCAGCGGGGGAAGGUCGAUUCCCACACUGAGGUUUAAAACCAUAACUUCUAAGAUCUACACGACCUGCAAAGUUCACUGUGUGAGGCUUAACUUGAAAAAGAGUAAUGCGUCAAGUACUGAAGGUCAAUCUUUGUUGACCAGCAUGGUUUCUAGUCCCAAACAUACUGUGUCCAACCACAGACACACAACCAGGCCUGUGUUUUGGAGCGGAGGCGUGCUUUGAGGCAACUGUGGAGAAGAUGUUAUUAGUGAGAGUGGUCGUUUAUCUUUGCUUAGAUUUGAAGUCUUUGGUGAUGACAUGCUAUCCGGCAGCAUGCUGAACGGGAAAGCAUGGCCGGCAAGGGAGUCUUCUUACUGAAAGGACCCUAGGACGGCUCUGCAUGCUCCCCUACUUCCCCGUUUUAGAAUGAACUAGGGCAAGCUUUCCCCACUAAAACAAGUUAAAGUCAUGUGUUGGUGGUUGCACGGUUUGAGCUCUCCGCUUGGUUAUGUUUUGAACAUGUCUUCUGUGGUGUUGAUGAGGGGGAUGAACUGACAACCAUCUCCCAAGAAAGUGUAGGAGAGUGAUAUGCUAAGGAGUAGGACAAGGAGAAAUACAUGUGUUUUGCAUGUAGUUUAGCAAGUAAGUGACAUUUAUCUAACUUCCAAAAUACCCUCAUAGAGUUGAAAGGAGACUCGUACUCAGAGAAGGUUGCAAGGACCAAAACCAAAUCAUUUCAUUUUUCUCUCGUGUGUUAGGAUGUCGGAUAUUUUGAGUAUAUACGGACAAGGCUUCCUGUUUAUUAAGACAUUAGGGACAAAAUGCAUGCUCCCAAAUAACUGGUUCAGAUUCCACAUCUAGCCUCUUGUUUUAUUACAACAGGGUCCCUACACGUUGAGAGUUUCUAGAACAUACAUAGAGGAAGCUCCACAUACACCUUAUCUCCAUAGAAGUCGGUGGUUAGCUGGGAAAUAGGUCAGACUUUAAGAGUCUGCUCUGAAAGGUCAUAGUGAAGUGUGUUUAGAAACAACCCGCGUGGUUAUUCUGUAUGACCCAGGGGAAUGGAGUUUACAGAUUCUGUUUGUGUGUUCCGGUCACUUUGUGCUUGCUCGUGAUUACUCAUAAACCAAGAAAAUGUCUUAGCAACUUGGUUAAUCAUCUUAGGAAAGAAAAACAGACUUCUUAUGGCCUGGUUUUGUUGGUCUGUCUUAAAGGUGUCCUGGGGAAAGGUCUGCAGAUGAGCAAAGUGAAGCGAUGUUUAGAGAGAGAAACCUUUUUCCCUCUGGAGUUUUGUUUCUGUUACUAGCACUUUUGAAUGAAAUCGGUCCCUAUUUUCCAUUCCUCAAGUACCACACUUCCAAAAUACCGUUAUGUAGCUUUUUCCUCAGAAGUCAUUCCUCUGACGUUCACUUUUGAAAUCUGGCCUCUUGAGUGACAUGUCCCCGGAGAGGGCAGAUGUACACCAGACAGGGGAGUCUUCCUGUGAGGACUGGCAUGCUAUUGUGCCCCACAGAACACAAACAAAACCCAAGGAAAUCAAAAGGGUAAAUGUAUUAAUUUGUGAGUCGUGAAAGGAAAAUUAGUUCAUUAAUCACGAAUAGAUGUGUGGCCAACCCAUUUUUAGAAAACGUAUAUUUUAUAUCCUGUUUUUAAAUAGUGACCCCAUAUGAAAACGUACUACAGGCCCUGGCACGUCUUAGCAACCAUGCAUUUUGUUCUUGGGACUGGGAAGACCUACUGCCCAUCUGUCUUAGAGUCAUUUCAUGUUGACAUAAGCAACUUAAGGGAGAGAGAGCUUAUUCUGGCUCAGAGUUCAGGUUACAGUCCCUCAUGCUGUGGAAGUCACGGGGCAGGACCUUGAGGGAGCAGGUUAUAUUGAUCUUCAGUCAAGGGACAGCACUGGAUGCAUAUUACUGCCCAGCUCCCUUUCUCUGUGUAAACAUUCCCAGGACCCAGUCAGGAAACAGUGUGGCCCAUAGUGAGCAGUUCUUUCCAUUUCAAUUAAUGCAAUCAAGGUAAUUCCCAGCAGGCAUGCUUAGAGGCCCAUCCUCCAGGUGAUUCUAGAGCCUGUCAGUAAACACUGACCUUUGUGCCCCCCACCCCCACCCCAACAAACAGAGGAACUCUAUAAUGUAUUUGGUUUGGUAGUAAGGGGAGCAGGCAUCUCUGAGAUGUGCCUCCGGUGUGUGAACCAGGGUAGGUCCUUUCGUGUUCUACAUGCUGGUCACACUCUGCAUCUAACUCCACCUAGAAGGGUGGUUGGUGUGAGCACAGAUAGGGCUAUCGGUUAAAAGAGUCAAAUAAGGCGUUUGUGACACCCAUUUCACAAUCUCAGGACAUUAACCCUUGCACACUGACAUCCCAAGUCUUCUAGAGAACAGUGCUGCUUCAAGAGGAAAAUGAUUAACACACAGAAAGGAUUGACCUUUUGCUUGGUUGAUGGGUAAUUACAUUUGUAUUGCCAGGGUUCAUUUGGGAUCCUAGGCAACAAGCUAAUGUUUCUUGGUUUUCUUUCUGUUUUGUACUUUGGCAUGGGACAAGCCCCACCUCUAGCACAGACUCUUGGCAGCUUCGUGGACUUGGAAUGUGGUGAUUCGGUUUCUAAGGAAAGGAUGGCAGGAGUUUCUUUUGCUCCAAGAAAAUGAAUAUUGUGGAAAUCUUGCUGGCUGUUUAUAAUUUUUUACCUGUAUUGGUUUUGCUAUGUCGGAAAAACAAAACAAAACAAAAAUAAACAAUGCACAGUGAUCUCUAGUGAUCCCGGUGGUGCCUGCCCCAGCUGUUAGCAGACUUUCUCCAGGGUUGAAGUUGAAUGCCUCCGAGGGUCUGAUGAAAUCAAGGUGAGUCAGGGCGCGACCAUCCGGAGUGUCUUAGUGGCCGACGGGGCCAAAGCGCUCUCUGGUGUGAUGUCAGUUCAGAUGCCUUCUCUAACUUACAGUUUUCAUUUUGAUUCUCAAAAAUGUCUAAUGUCCCCGUUUCUUCUGUGAUCUUAGUCACUGGGAAGUAAUGACCCACGCUAAAAGUGGAACUGUGCCAGCUCUCUAGCUAGCUGCAUCUACCUUUAUCCGAGCUGUCAUGCCAUUUAUGCUCUGUCCACAUCCAUGAAGAGGGCCGUAUUGGGAGACGCUGAAGAACCUGGCAGGAAGCUGGUCCCGGCAGCCGCUUCACAUGGCUUGGUGGACCGGUUUGGGUUGAAGAAAAAGUCUAGGUGUAUUCUAAUGUGAGACUGCAGCCACCACCACCCCGGCCCCCCACCAUGCUUGGUAAACCUCUGACCAGUACCUACUAACUAGUUCGCACAUGCUGCCAUUUAGUCAAGAUCUGCACCUGUUUAAGGGACAGCCAGGCCAGCUGUUACUGGGUGUGUAGUUGCUGUGCUAACGCUUGAGUUUUAUCCUAGGCAUAAAUACUGUAAACUCUUUGUGUUUGUUACCUAUGCCAAGACGAAAUAAACCAUGUGGAAACUGC